AUGGGUCUUAUUCUGUCGAGGUCGAUCCUCUUCACAGCGAGAGUUCCUCUUCCUCGUCUCGCGCACAUCGCUCGGUAUGAGUCAACGAAACCAACCCCAAAGCUCAAAGAAGCGUUGGAGGCUCAGGACAAUCUGAGACGCGAUUGGGACGCGAAGAUCUUGAGUUACGAGGAGUUGAAGCCGAAGACUUUGCAGCCAAGUCCAGAAACUUAUUUGGUCGACGUACGUGAGCCGGACGAGGUGCUACAGGGCUCCAUUCCUUCCUCUGUGAACUUGCCCCUCUCCACGCUUCCAGGCUCACUGCACCUUGACGCGGCCGCGUUCAAGGAGAAAUACGGAUUUCAGAAGCCUCACAGAGAUCAGGAGAUUGUCUUCUACUGCCGAAGUGGCAAGCGAGCAGCCACGGCCUGUGACAUUGCCAAGCGGAACGGAUACACGAACCUGGCAAAUUACCAGGGGUCUUGGUUGGAUUGGGUGGCCCGCGAGGGAAUUAAGACGGCUUGA